AUGAAGACUUCUAUUACUGCGCUCGUCACCUUGUUGGCCUUAGCUGGCUUGUCUUUUGGUCGUCUCGAGGAGGUCACCGACUUCGGCUCAAACCCAACCGGCCUCAGAAUGUUUGUCGAGUUGCCACUCUCCAUUAUAAACGCCCAAAAAGACGACAACGUCUCUGGAAAACCCAUCGUCGUCCACCUCCACUCCUGCUACAGCGACGCCUUCCAAGCUUCGACCGAAAUCAACCUCCCCGAGUUAGGCGAGUCCCUCGAUUUUAUCCUCAUCUACCCAGAAAGCACGCGCAAUAGCAACUGCUGGGAUGUCGGAUCAGCCGCCUCACUCACUCACAACGGCGGUGGCGAUGCCGGGGGCAUCAUUAGCAUGAUCAACCACACCGUUACCAAAUACGCAGCCGACAAAACCCGGAUCUUCAUCCUAGGCAACUCCGAGGGCGGCAGCAUGACCAACGUACUGGCCGGGUCCUAUCCCGACGUCUUCGCCGCGGCCGCUUCCUAUAGAGGCGCGGGUUUCGCGUGCUACGCCGGCUCUGCGGGCACUGACCCGAAGCCUAUGAACACGAACCAGACGUGUGCGGAAGGCAUCAAGCACACCCCUGCACAAUGGGGCGCCUUUGUGCGCAACGCGUACCCGGGCUACGCCGGCGCGCGCCCCAGGAUGAUGAUUGUGAACGAUGUAGAGGAUACGCUGGUGAGGGCGCAGGCGGGGUAUGAGACGUUGACGCAGUGGGCGGAGGUCCUGGGUGUGACCAACACGGCGAAUGAGACGGGCAAAGCGGUGGAGCAGGGGCCAGAGUUCACGAAGAUGAUCUAUGGGACAGAGAAUAAGCUUGUGGGGUAUUUUGGGACGCUCGAAGCGGGGAAGCAAGUGAAGGUGGCGGUGCCGGCGGUGCUUAAGUUCUUUGGGCUGCAGUGA